AAAGAGGGUGCGCGCGGGAGGGAGAGGCAACCCGUGUGGGUUCUCUGUAUCUUCUUCGCAGGUCAUCGGAGAUCUACCGUCGGCGAAACGCCAUCUCGGACCAUCAUCGACGAGUCUUCGCGAGCAGGUCGGCUGGUGCUGUUGCUGGGCCUGCCGCCACCUCGACCACCUCGGAAUCGCAGGAGAGCUACGCCCUCGAUACAGAGAUACCCGCAGCGGCAGCAGCAGCAGCAGCAGCCAGGAGGUCCCGUAGCUCGAGGGGCUCGCAAAAAUGGAGUAACGUACGCGCGGUCAUGGCGUUAUAUUCCUCUCUACGCAAAAUCAAGAGAACGAAGAGCAAUCAACGAUGGAUGAAACUGCGCACGACCGUGCAGCUGACCUCGGCGAUCACCACGAUUCAAAAGAAGCCGCCGCUGAAGCGCGAAGAUUCGUUUCUGAAAAGGUUCUCCACUCGACAAAUACCAGAGAGUCAGGAGACUCUCGACACCGGUGAGGGCGAUGGGGACGCGACCGACAAGGAGACGGGUAGCCGACGCCGCAGGCGACCCCGUAGGCCUCAGAAACCACCCAAGACCGUGGUUAAUCCUGACGAGAACUUCUACUAUUACUGGCUGAUGUUGCUGUCGGCUUGCGUCCUGUACAACCUCUGGACGCUGAUCGUCCGUCAGAGUCUGCCGGAGUUGCAGGCGCUGGCGCCCACCACCUGGCUCGCCUGCGACGGCUUUACUGACGCCGUGUUCUUCCUGGACGUGGUGGUGCAGUUUCGCACCGGCUACCUGGAGCAAGGCCUGAUGGUCUAUAACAGUCGGAAGCUCGCCGGUCACUAUCUCAAGUCCAAGUCUUUCGUUCUGGAUUUGUUCGCGCUGCUGCCGCUCGAUCUGCUCCAGGUGAACCUCGGCAGCAAUCCCAUGCUGAGGUUUCCCAGGUUCCUCAAGAUCUACCGCGUGUACAAUUAUUACUAUAUGGUGGAGUCGCGUACGGUCUAUCCGAAUCUCUGGCGCGUGCUGAAUCUCAUUCACAUACUGCUCAUACUGGCGCACUGGUUCGGCUGCUUUUACUACUUGCUGAGCGAAGCCGAAGGCUUCCAGGGCGACUGGGUGUACCCGUACCGGCCCGGUCCGUACGAAACCCUGACCAGGAAGUAUCUCGGCUCCCUCUACUGGUCCACCCUGACGCUGACGACCAUCGGUGAUCUGCCCACGCCGGAGACCAACGCCGAAAUCGUAGCGGGCGGCAAUCCCCGGAGCCUCGCUCGUCGCGGCCGACUGUCCCGGCUUCUGCAGUUCAAGCAUAAUGGAGGGUACGUCUUCACGAUAGUCAGCUACUUGAUUGGCGUCUUCAUAUUCGCGACCAUCGUCGGCCAGGUCGGCAACGUCAUCACGAACAGGAACGCGAACCGUCUCGAGUUCGAGAGGCUCCUGGACGGCGCUAAGACCUACAUGAGGCACCACAAGGUGCCGGGCGGUAUGAAACGACGGGUGCUCAGGUGGUACGACUACAGCUGGUCGCGCGGCAGGAUACAGGGCGGGGGUGACAUCAACACCGCCCUCGGUCUACUCCCGGACAAGCUCAAGACCGAGUUGGCGUUGCACGUGAAUCUCUCGGUGCUGAAGAAGGUCACCAUUUUCCAGGUGAGCCUCCCCGCUCACGCACGCGCGAGUAGCUCUCCCUCGCAUUUUCGAUGAUGAAUAACGACACAGGGCGGCGAUAUACAAGCGAGAGUCCCGCUCUCCUUUGUACAGAGUACAGAGAGAGAGAGCCAAUAGUAGUCGAUUGGCUCUCUCGGAGAAAAGCGGGACGAAUGUUUUUCGUGAUUGUUUGUUGAAGCGAACACUUGGACGAAUAUCAGAUAUCACGGAACAAACAUAUUCGGAGUAUUCGUUUAUACCUGAAUUUAGGAUGCUUAUUUUUACACGUAAGAUGCCAUAGAAAUUUCGCGGAAGAAUUACGGAAGAAAGUACGAAUUGUACAUUAAAAUUCUAUCGAACGCGCGAUAGCUGUAUUAUUGACAUUUGUAACGAAAACGAUAAUGUUCGCAAGAAAAUAAAGUUAUUUAACGCGAGGCAGUAUUUCGUAGUAUAAACGAGAGAUUAUUCAUGCGAAACUUAUUUACAAGGUAUGCUUUCGUUUCAUACUUUUAAUUUAAAAUGAGUGCUUUUACUUCCCUACCUUUGUUAUUUAGUUACGAACUUGUUUUACCUAAUGAUUGGAUUUCUAUCAACGCUUUUCCUUCCCCUCCGUAUAAGAAAUUUACAUCGACCGGAGAUUUUUCUCGUCAUCCAAAGAACAAAGCCAGAGGAAAGAAGGGAAAGAAACGAGAGGAAGAGGUGCGCAUCGGUAUCGCGCAAAAAAUGAGAAUAAAAUUGGCUCAAUCAGUGCAUAGAAGCACGAUCGGCGAGGACGAAAAAUAUUUUCUUGAUCGUGUUCAAAGUUUUACCGGCGGUGGUAAAUGGAGAAAUGAAUGGGGUGGGAAAAAGGUACAAACGGUUUGCGAAGAGAAGUGUGCGCCAGUAUUUUAUUUGAAAGGGGAGCGAUUCUUGCGCGCCCCGGGCUUGCGAAGGGACAUGCGAACCUUCGCAAUCUUGCUGCUCCAAAAUGUGAAUUACACGCCCCGUUAGCUUCCAUUUUUCAAUAAAUGACUAUCGAACCCUCUGUAUUUUUGUGCUUGAAAAGAGAACCGAGAGAAUUAAAUUUAAAAAUUAUCGAGAAUAUAUCUAUAGUUUCGACGUGUUUGUAUAAUUAUUACGAAACAGAGAAAAAAGAAUAUAUGUUUUACAUAUUAUAUAUAGAAUAAACUCAUCUAAUAAAGUUUUUAUAAAUAUAACAAGCGUUGCAAUAGCGCAGGAAGCUUCGGGAUGAAAAUUUGAGUUAAAAUAGAAUCAGUCAGUGAAAGAACAAUACACGUAUAUUUUUACUAUAUAUUUAAAUGAGACAUUAGGUAUUCUUGUUUUAAAACAGAUAUUUUUAUAAUAUACAGGCACACGUCAGCAUAUAUUCACAUCGAUACGCACAGCUGCAUCUCGUUAACAACUCUGAUUACAAUACUUUGUCAGCUUAAAAGUAAAUUUGCAUUAUUCGUAGACUGACGUGAUUAGUUAAAAAUAAUAACAUCUGGGAUAAUGCAUUUCCAUUUUCCUCGUUAUUUUCGUUAACAACAUCGCACAAACAACUUAAUUAAAUAUACCGUAGUCUUCGCAAGUGUUCGUGAAAUUCGUAAUGAACGAUAGAAACAGCAAUUAAGCGUAAACGUUCCCGAUGCUAAAGAUACUUAGGGGGAAAGUAUGAAAUUUUAGAUUAAAAAUAUUUCAGCUUCUCGAUAGAGAAUGCAGUAGAAAAGUCUGAUAUCUUAACUCAUGUUUCUUGCGUUCACUUUGACGAGAAACAAAAUGGAAGUCAUUCUUUUCGGUCUUAUUGUGUCAUGCGAGCUACUGUGUUAAUAAGUAAGUGCAAUUUGCGGUGGUAAAAUACCGCACGGUUUUUCAUGGGAAAUACGAUCUCAAGGAAGAUUUCAGCGGACUCGAGAAUAUAUAUAUAUGAAUCUCUGUUAAGGGAACGACGUUAAAGCCGGGCAAAUAUUUGAGCGAAAACAUUGGUUUGUGUACCCUACGUUCAGAGGAAAACUUUUAAGAGUGCACACGCGAGUGAGAUUUUUAAAGACGAAACGGCCACGUUUAUUACACAAUUAGCGGCUUCCUCCCCUUUCCUCCCCGUUUUUUAUUUAUGCGUAUUAUUUCUCACUUUCUUUCGACUGGGCGCUUCAACUUCUCUUUGGCAAACUCGAGAAGAAACGGAGGAAAAACGGAAUCAUUCUUUUUCUAACGCGUGCGGCGAAAGUCGGCCACCGUCAAGUUCGAGGGUGAUCGUGAGAGGAGGGUCAAGCCGUUUCUCCGCGGCGCAGCAGCCACUUAGGGGUUAAGGAUAGGAGUGUUUUCUCCUAUCGAACGAUCAGUUUGUACGUCGCCACCAGCCAAUCGUGGCAACUUGGGUGAUUCGGGAACUUUAAUGUGAAGGAGAUUUACUCGCGUAACUACUUAAGUUCCGUUAUAUCGAAACCCGCGGCGGUUCCUAAUCGGUGAACCUCGGCGCACCUCUUGUAAACGUAAACACACUUUUCCUCCGCCUCGGUCGGAAGCUUAUCGUCAAAAACGAGAAAAAGAAGAAGAAGAAUGCAGGUGCGGAGAAGUGCGCGCUAUGGAAGUAUUUGGAAAGUUUUGCGGCGAAAUAGUGACGCGGAAUCAUUACGGACGAGAGAUACGACACGGAAGCUCCGCUGCGGCGAGUGAAUUUCUCCGGAUCGCCUCCGAGUUUUCGCACCGCGCAAAAUUUCCCGGUUGUCGUUUCGCAUUCUAAAAACAUAUUAUACAACGGAGUUAAAAUGUGGAAUUUUUUUUUACCGUAAGGGCAAAUUUGUUCGCAGAAAUCGCAUUUUUUAUUCGCCGUAAAACGACGUGUGCGUGUGUGUGCGGGGAAUAUUUUUUUUAUUCACGGAAUACGCACGACGGCGAA